AUGAUGAAUCACCAAGAUUAAGCAUCAUUUGAUGAUAGUCGUUUGUAAUAGGAGAUGAAGUAAACUGCCUAAUUUUUUAAUCCCCAAUUAAGCUCAUUGGGAUAAUCCAUUAAAUUUUAAUAAAAACAAAUAUAAAGAGUGCCCUUCAAAUCACCAAAAGAAUAAGCAUUCAAGCUUAGUUCAGAAGGCAAAAAGAAUUUGUAACCUCAGAUAAACAGUGAAAAGAGACCAUCUCAAACUUUGAAAAAAGUCACUCUGACUAAAUCUACUAAAUAGUUUGCAUAAAAUAAUCACAUUACUCCUGUCAUGCAUAAAUUUGGCUCUCCUCCUAAAUUAAUUAAAGUUCCUUCUGUUAAACCAUUUUCACCACCUCAACCCAAAACAAACAAUGAAUAAAUUAAUAUAGUCUAGAAUAAUUCUGUUGCACCAGGCUUCCAAAGAAAUGCAAAUAUCAAGUUUGGCCAACCUCUCAAAAUUUCAGACAAUGAAUUUAACAUCAGCAUGGCUGAUCUGUAGCCUGUUCGAAAACACAUCCCAACCAAACAAACUGAAGACUUUGUUAAACCCGAAUAUCCAUCUUAUCAAAAAUCCUUAUUAGAUAGCAGACAAUCUCAAUAUAAUAGUGAAUAAAUGCAAAAAUCCAAUUCAACUGCAUUUUUACCCCGAAUUAAUUAAACAAAAAAAAUUUACAAUAAUCAACUUAUUGGGUAUGGUUCUAUCGGACAAUAAUCCCAAUAGGAGACAGCUUUAAGAACAAAUUCCUCGAAAUAAACCAUCACUCCUGUCAAUGAAUUUAUUAAUUUCAAUCUACCGAAUGAUGAUGUGUCUAGAAAAUCAAGAACUGCAUAGGAACAUUUAAGAGACUCUCAAGAAUCUCAAAAUUAAAUUAAACAAGCAUACAAACUCAUGAGUAUGGAUAAGCCAGAUCAAUUUAAUCAAUUACCACAAAUACAAUCCCCUCAAGCAAGCACUAAACAAUAAUUUGCAUUUCAAUCAACUGGAGGUUCAUAGAAACCAAAGAAUUUUCUGCAAAGAACUCCUCAAACUAAGAUAAUAAGUCGAUUAUUUUCAUCAAAAUCAGACAAUAACUAAGUUAUUUGA